AGUUUUGUGGCGUUUCCUAAUUAACUGAAAUUUCCAAAGGUACAUAUCUAGGUAGUAAUAGACUCCUCUUGCCAUGGGAAAUAAGCUGGCAGGUUCCAAGAGGGCGCUGGGAGUGUGGUUGGGUGUACAAAAUUGUCCUCACCCCGUUUCUAGUGAGACUUGGUGUGUCCCCCGGCUGGGCGGGGUGCAACCGCUGUAACCACGGUGAUGGGAAACACAACUGGGAUCCCCACUCCCGGCCAGCCUUUGGCUACCUCAGGGAGCUCAGUAAUUGGUUAUUAAUUAAUCUGUUGCCCGCAGAAACAGAGAGAAAGGGGCUGUGAGCGGCCAUGGCGGAGCAGGAGCGUGGUGUGCAGCAGUUGGAGGUGCCACGCCAACGGUUCCGUGGGCACAAGGAGCUUGGCUCCAUCCCUGGUGACACCCUGGGGACCAGUGGAGCCACCAUGGCCACCAUGCAGGCAGCAGGGCUGGAGGGCCGUGGCAGGAGCACUGGCACCGGGCCGGGCCUGAAGGCAAGCCUCAGCCAGCGUGUCCAGGAGCUGCGCACCGUCAUCACCUUACAAGAGCAAGGGAGGAAGAUUUUCACGCUGUCAUGUGAGGAAAAGCUCGGUCAGAACAGGCAGCUGCUCCCCCGCCUGCGUGAGGCGGUGAAGGAGGACAUCCAUGCCCUGGACCUUGUCCAGAAGUACAGGUUCACUGUCGCCGAGGCUUGUAGAGCGCAGAAGCCCUUGGGCAUUGCUUUGGCCAGGAAGACAGUGGAGGUGGCCCAGGAGAAGCUCCGGGCCAAAAUCUAUGAACGGGUGAACAAGUGCAACAUGCUGCUGUACCAGCUGAGGCAGCGGAGCCGAGCCUUGGGCGAGCUGCAGAGGCAGCUGCAGCAGUUGCAGGAUGUCCAGAUGAAUGACAAGCGACACCAGGCACAGGUGCAGGUGAUUCGCCAGCUGGAGAACAACAUUGAGAAGAUGCUCAUGAAAGUCCACGCUGGACAGAAGGUGACCACCCUGUACCUGGCGGUGAGGAAUGUCCUGAAGAAGGAACUGGACCACCUGCCUCUGCACUUGGACCUCCUGUAUGGGAUGACUGAGCGGUACCAUUGGGAGCUGGAAGACAUGGAGCUAAUGGCCUUGAGUGCCCUCAAAGCUGCUGAUGUAACCAAGGAGGAAAUGACCAAGAUGGAAACCCAGUUCCGUGCGGAGCGAGAGCUCCGGUACCGCUCCCUGGCUGCCCAGAAUGUGCCCAUCGACAGGCUCUGGCUCAAGGAAGCAAGCGAAAAACAUCUGAAAGCGCAAGCCAGGUACGACCUCGCCAUGGACUUGAACCUGCACUUGCAGGACCCGGUGGAGGACACCAAACUGAAGGCCACCAAGUCCCAGAUGGAGCGCGAGGCCUGGGUGACCGAGAAGAUGGAGAAGGCCAAGGCUGCGGUGCAGUGCUCUCGCCUCUGGGACAUCCCCAGCAGGCUCCUGGCGCAGCAGAAGUCCUCGGUGGACCUGGAGCAGUAUGUCAACGAGUGCAAGGAGAAGCAGCAGGCACUGAAGGAGAAGCUGAAGGAGCUGGAGCUGAAGCAGGCUGAGCUGAAGUUUCGCCAGCCCCCCAACACAACCAGGGUGCUGGAGGAGCAGCUGAGGAUGAACCUGCAGCUGGAAAAGGCUCGGCUGGAGCAGAUGCGAGCCCAGAUGCUGAGGAACCAGGAGCUCCUGGUUGAGUUUGAAAAUGGCAUUGACAACCUCUUCGUCCGUCUGCAUGGCAUCACCGUGCCCGACCAGGAUGAUUCUGUCAAGGCCAGCGGGGUGGAGGACAAGCUCCGGCACUGUGAGCAGAAGCUGCAGUACCUGUUGCAGCGGGUGGCUGACUUGCCCCCCGAGAGCCACAGCCCCGAUGAGAACAACGAGACUUUUGUGAAGGUCAGGAAUUUUCUGGAGAAAACAACUGCGAAUGAUCCACAGAACCUGAAGAUUUCCUUGGAUGACAUAGGCAGCAGCAUCCAAGACCCCUUUGAUUUUGCUGACAAAGACCAUGGCCUUGUCCUCACCCGGGAAGACAUCAAGAAGCAGGGGCUGCACCUGAUCGAAAGCAAGAAGAAAGCCAGCAAGAAGAAGUAGAGGAUGCUCCACGAGACCUUUGGAUGCCCCAGACCACUUGUUGUGCUUUGGAUGCCCCACACCACCCCUUGUACCCUUUUUUCCAGCAGGUUUAA